GAUGGGGUGCUCGGAGAUAUGACAAUUAUUGGAGAUUUUCAGAAGGAACAGAAAAAAUUUGUCCAAGAGCAACAGACAAAAAAAUCAGAAGCAGCAGUGCCUCCCUGGGUAGACAGCAAUGAAGAAGAGACGAUUCAACAACAGAUACUGGCCUUAUCAGCAGACAAACGAAAUUUUCUGCGGGAUCCUCCAGCAGGUGUGCAGUUUAAUUUUGACUUUGAUCAAAUGUACCCUGUUGCACUGGUGAUGUUACAAGAAGAUCAACUCCUCAAUAGGAUGAGGUUUGAUCUCGUUCCCAAACACGUAAAGGAGGAGGUGUUCUGGAGAAAUUAUUUCUACAGGGUGUCUCUAAUUAAACAGUCUGCACAACUCACCGCACUCGCAGCUCAACAGCAAGCAGUAGGAAAAGAAGAGAACAAAGGCAGAGAAGAGGAUUGUCAGCUGAAAGAAACAGUGCGGCCAAAAACACCACCUGUUACGAUAAAGCCUCAAAUAAAAUCUCAAGAGGACGAGGAAGAGAUUUCUACAAGUCCAGGUGUGUCAGAAUUUGUGAGUGAUGCUUUUGAUGCCUGUAAUCUGAAUCAGGAAGACCUAAGGAAAGAAAUGGAACAACUGGUGCUAGACAAAAAGAAAGAAGAGACUGCAGUAGUAGAAGAAGAAACUGCUGAUUGGGAAAAGGAAUUACAACAAGAGCUUCAAGAGUAUGAGGUGGUGACGGAAUCAGAAAAGCGUGAUGAAAACUGGGAUAAAGAAAUAGAAGAAAUGCUACAAGAAGAAAAUUAAGCAUUUUCACAAAAUCACUGUAACUCUAAGCUUUUUCUGAGGACUGACAUGGAUUUCUGCUUUCAUGUUUUGCUUACAAAAGAUCUUCAAAAGACAAAAGAAUCUAAAAUCAUUAUGAUUCCAUAUGGGGAUACAACCAUUAUUUCUGUUCUUUAUAUGAGCAGUUUCUGAACUUCUACGUUCUUAAAACCAAAAGACUGCAGGUUAUAUGUCAUAAUUAAAAGUGAUAACAUUAUUACAUGAAGCAGCAGUUUAGUUUGAGGCAUUUUUAGGUGAUCAAGAGGCUCUGCAAAGAGAUUUCAAAAUUUAAGAAUCUCAAUUUGUUUGUCUACAGCCUUUCUGCUUGGGAUGU